UAUUUACUGCUUCGUCAUGCCAUGUGUUUCAGUCUGUUCAGCUUUCUUUUCACUACUUAACAACGACUAGUUUGUCUCCGGCGAUUAAUAUUGUGUUGUCACAUUCCGGCAUGACGAAGCAACUCGGUGUGAGAAGAGCGAUGAAUGCUCGCCGGAGAAGAUUCAAAGUCCGGCGACUGAAAUCUUCGACAAAUCCAGACUUCGCCGUCGCCGGCGAUCCGGGAAAUGUUCCCGGCGACGAUCGGUGUUUCGAGAAGAGACGGUUUCACGACGAAGGUGUUGAGUCAGAUGAGGUAAAAAGAGGAGAUCCUUUGGAGAUGCAAGCGUUGGUGAUGUCAUUAUCGUUCUCGUCCUCGUCGGCGUCUUCGUCGGAUCACUCGCCGGAGAGUGACGCUAUUCCCGGCGGGGCUUCGAGUUCCAGUGACCGAGAGAGUUCGCGGAGAGUCACGUGCGUAUCCAAUGGAUCAGUAUCUAUAAUUGGCGGAAGAAGAGAAAUGGAGGACGCUGUGCGAUCGGAGCUAGGAUUUCUAACCAUGGAUUCGAGAAAUUACGACUUUUACGGUGUGUACGACGGCCACGGAGGGUCAGGCGUCGCGCGCGGUUGCCGUGACCGGUUGCACCAGUUGGUGUUAGCGGAGAUAGAAGGAGGAGAAGCUGUGUCCGCGAUGGAGGUGGAUUGGGAGAAGGUGAUGAUUGCGAGUUUCGGGAAGAUGGACGAGGAGGUGUUUGGGUCGGAGAGUGGCUCAACGGCGGUGGUGGCGGUGGUGGGAGAGGAGGAGCUGGUGGUUGCGAAUUGCGGCGACUCUAGGGCUGUGCUGUCUCGAGGAGGUGUUGCGCUUCCCAUGUCUACUGAUCAUAAGCCUGACAGACCUGAUGAAUUGGAGAGAAUUGAAGCCGCUGGUGGAAGGGUAAUAAAUUGGUAUGGCCAACGGGUUUCAGGAGUUCUUGCUACUUCCAGAUCUAUAGGGGAUGACUGUCUCAAACCAUUUGUGAUAUCGGAGCCAGAAGUUAGAGUUUGCAAGAGAACUGAUGCAGAUGAAUUCUUGAUACUCGCUAGUGACGGCCUAUGGGAUGUUGUUUCUAAUGACGUUGCAUGCCAGGUCGUGAGGAGGUGUCUCAAUGGCCAAAUGAAGAGGAGAACCCAAGAAACUGUUAGCAGAAGGGAAUCCAGUGCGACUGUUAGGAAAAGCCCUUCUGCCGAAGGAGCACAAGCACUAGCUAAAUUGGCUGUGUCUCGUGGUAGCAAUGACAACAUCAGUGUCAUAGUGGUAGAAUUGAAGAAACCUGGUAGAUGCACAACAAUGCCAAAAGGCUAGGCAAUGGCAUCUGUCAUGGGCAAAAGCUGAUGGGAGUUCAUUGCAUAAACAGAGAUGAUGGGGUAUGUUCCACACCUCGGAUCCAUCAAACAAACUUGGAGUCUACUGUCUACUUCUCGUGUGCUCGAGCUCGAUGGAGUUUACAUGACACCAACUCAUAUGAUGCUGUUAUAUGCUUUAGAAGGCCGAGCGGAAAUUUCCUUAAUUGGUAUGCAACUUGCAACAGCAUGGUUGAGGGCUUUGUAUCGGAGUCUGAAAGUCUUCAAUUGGGGGUCUUUGGCUCUACUUCCUUACCCUUCAUAUUCUGUAUCUGUUUCUUUGUUUGCUUUUCUUGAUCAAGCAUUCUUGUGCUUACACACCUGCACAUUUGUACCUGCAGAAGAUAGGCAUAUGCACGUGUAGUAGGAGAAAAAUUUAAUUGUGCCGGUUGUAGUAAUGACAUGGUUGAUGGCACAGAUAACGAAGUAUUAAUAGUGCAGGAAGUCUUUCUUGA